CACUUUGACAUGCACAGUGGUUCACAUGUAGGCAUCAUGUGUAUUGUUUAGUUUCACGUGAGAACAACACGUUCAGUUUUGCAGCUUAGCAUAGUUGAUAAAAAAAGAACUUUAGCUGCUGAUUUACAGGGAGAUUGUAGAUGUUUAACAGGAGGUGUGCUGAAAGCUCAAAGGACAGAUUAAAUCCUUCCGAUUUCUGGCCGUCUGAAAGAUUGAUACUCUUCACUUCUCAUUUUUCUCUCCACCCCUCAGCACCACAGAGGCAAGCCUUGAUUCAGUUCACACAGCUAAUUCAGCAGCCAAAGCCUGCAGCUCUGACCUCUGGUCAGCUAAACACUUUACCUUUAGAAAGCUGUGUUUUGUUUUGUUUUUUGUUUUGUCAGGUGGACUUUUCAUUUUGGGAGUUACCAUGGUUGACAGCUUGAACAUGGAGAAGCCAGAGAAGCGUUACUUUAUUCGACGCAAGCAUGCAGUCAUCAUCUGCAUAACAGUGGUGUUGUGCUGUUUGGCAGUGGGCCUCGGGGUGGGUCUCUCGCGAUCAAACAACACCACUCCUGCUGCCACCACCACACCAGCCCCCACAGCGGGGCCUACCCAGCCCCCUUCACCUGGCAGAGGGCCCUGCCUGCCUUCCACUGACUCCAGUGGGGACUGGAGGAAUUUCCGCUUACCUGACUAUGUGAAUCCCGUCCACUACAAUCUGCACCUGGAGCCGAACUUAGAGGAUGACACCUACACAGGCACUGUUGAUAUCCAGCUUGAAGUAACCAAGCCCACCCGUCAUCUCUGGCUCCACAUCAGGGAGACAUUUGUCAGUACCUUGCCAAGGUUGAAGGUGCUGAGUAGCCAAGGAGGACAGAGGGAAGUGGCAGUGAAAAGCUGCUUUGAAUACAAAGCUCAGCAGUAUGUGGUGGUGGAGGCCACAGAGGAGCUGCCUGUCCUGGACACAGGGGAGGUAUACACCCUCAGUCUAGACUUCCAGGGUUGGCUCAAUGGCUCUUUGGUGGGAUUCUACAGAGUUACCUACAUGGAGAAUGGAAUCACCAAAAAGAUUGCAGCUACGGAUCACGAGCCAACAGAUGCCCGCAAGUCUUUUCCCUGUUUUGAUGAACCUAACAAGAAAGCCACCUACACCAUCUCAAUAACUCAUGAUGUUAAUUACAACGUACUGUCCAACAUGCCAGUAGAGGGCUCCCCUCAGCAACUACUAGGCAAUAAAAUCAAAACCACCUUUCAGAAGUCUGUUCCAAUGAGCACCUAUUUGGUAUGUUUUGCUGUGCACCAGUUUGCCUAUGUAGAGAGAACUUCAGCCAGAGGAAUUCCCUUGAAAAUCUGGGCCCAGCCAAGUCAGAUCAGCACAGCUUUGUAUGCAGUAAAUGUAACCAAGCUCAUUUUUGACUAUUUUGAGGAAUAUUUCAACAUGACAUACUCCAUCUCAAAAUUGGAUAAGAUAGCCAUUCCUGACUUUGGUACUGGUGCCAUGGAGAACUGGGGUCUUAUCACCUACAGGGAAACCAACUUGCUUUAUGAUGAAAACCAGUCAUCCUCUUACAACAAGCAGCGAGUUGCCAGUGUCAUCGCACAUGAACUGGUUCACCAGUGGUUUGGAAAUAUUGUAACUAUGGAUUGGUGGGAUGACCUGUGGCUCAAUGAGGGCUUUGCCAGCUUCUUUGAGUACAUCGGAGUGGAAUUAGCAGAACCAACCUGGGGCAUGCGAGACAUCAUGAUCAUCAGUGAUGUGCUUCCUGUCAUGGUGGAUGACGCUCUGCUGUCCUCUCAUCCGAUCAUUGUAGAUGUGUCAACCCCAGCUGAAAUCACCUCUGUGUUUGAUGCCAUCUCAUACAGCAAGGGAGCAUCUAUUCUCAGGAUGCUGGAGGACUGGAUGGGCAGAGACGAGUUCAGAGAUGGUUGUCGAAAAUAUUUGAAAGACUUCUAUUUCAAGAAUGCCAAAACGAGUGACUUCUGGGCAUCUCUUGCCAGUGUGAGUGGGUUGCCGAUUGCAGAAGUCAUGGAUACAUGGACCAAACAGAUGGGUUAUCCUGUGCUGGACCUGUCUGUCUCUGAUACGGAUGCCAGACUGAGCCAAAAGCGUUUCCUCUUGGACCCCAAAGCUGAUACUAGCCAGCCUCCUUCAGAUCUUGGGUACAAGUGGACAAUUCCAGUCCAAUGGCAUUCUCUUCAAAGUGACAAAAACAUGUCGCUUAUGUUUGACAAAAACACCGCAGAGCAAACCAUCACCGGUUACUCACCAUUAGCGGAUGGGCUGCUAAAGGUUAACGAUGAUCAUAUUGGAUUCUACAGAGUCAACCAUGAUGACCGCAUGUGGACUGCUAUUAGUCAACAGCUUCAAACCAACCAUUUGGAGUUUGAUGCAGCUGAUCGCACAAGCUAUAUUGAUGAUGUUUUUGCUCUUGCAAGAGCGGACAUUAUAGAUUACGGUCACGCCUUCAACCUCACUAAGUACCUGACAAGUGAGUCGGAGUAUAUAGUCUGGGACCGUGUGGAUGCCUCCAUUGCCUAUGUCCGGAACAUGUUGUCUAGCAAUGCUCUACUCUAUCCAAAGUUUCAGCAACUGUUUCGUGACCAUGUUAAAGCAAUCGCGACACAGCUUGGAUGGGAGGAUGAAGGAACACAGACAGAGAGGUUACUAAGGGAGACAGUGCUUGGCAUCGCUUGUCAGAUGGGAGAUCAGGAUGCUCUGAACGAAGCUUCUCGGAUUUUUGACCAGUGGAUCAGUGGAAGUCUUAGCAGCGUAGCAGUCAACCUGAGAUUGCUGGUAUAUCAAUACGGCAUGAAGAAUUCAGGCAGUGAAGAAAAGUGGAACAUAAUGUUCCAGAGGUAUAAAGAGACGUCUUUGGCCCAAGAGAAGGACAAGCUGCUGUAUGGACUGGCAUCUGUGGAAAAUGUGGAGCUUCUUUAUAGGCUCCUGGAGGCUACAAAAGAUGAGAGCGUAGUGAGGAGUCAGGAUUUGUUUACUUUGGUCCAAUACGUAUCCUAUAACCCACUUGGCCAAAGCAUGGCCUGGGAGUGGAGUACACUCAACUGGGACUAUCUGGUAAACAGGUACACCAUCGAUGACAGGAACCUUGGUCGCCUACUCAAUAGAAUUACCACCAGAUUCAACACAGAGCUCCAGUUAUGGAAGAUGGAGCAUUUCUUCAACCUAACUCCAAAUGCUGGUGCUGGUGAGAUGCCCAGGAAGCAGGCACUUGAGACAGUGAGGAACAAUAUCGAAUGGAUUAGGAGGAAUGAAAAUGAGAUCAAGGAGUGGCUGGACAGUAACAUUGCCUGAUGGAAAACAUCACAGGCGGACAUUCAUACUGUUGCUGUAAAGAACUAGAGCACCCACAACACUUUGUUGAAACUGGCACUUUGUAAUGACACAAUUCGGUGAUUUGUCUUUGUUUUUAGCAGGGACCUAUCCGAGGGUUCUUCUGAUUUUCAUCAGUAAAAACAACAUGACGGUCUAAAAAAAACACCCAAAUUCUGAGGUUCUGGCACUUGCUACCAGGAUACCUGUAUUGUAUACACACUAAAUUAACUUGGAAAAGAAAUUGGAAUCAAUUUGCUUUCAGCAAUUGACAAAUAUGAUAUUUCAAUAUGUAAAUGAACAUGCUCCCAUAUGAAACUGGCUUCUAUCACUGUGAAUAUGCAUUAUUCUUUCCUAAAAAACCCACACACAUUCUAAAAUUUUGUUGAACCACCUUUAACUUUGAUGGUGGCCUUUUAAUAAACAUAUGCAAUGUUUCACACACAUGUAUUACCAUUGCCAAGAAGAUUAAAAUCCACUGGCUUAUCUCCAUCCAAGAGGAGAAUAAAGGACUUAACAUAAAGAGUUUAUAUGGUGAAAGUAAUACAGAGUGCUAUAUCAGAGUAUUUCUUUAUGUGUAUAUCUGUAAAUAGUUAAUCAUGUAUAAUUCUCAUCGAACAUAAAUGAGUAUAACAGCA